AUGACCUACUUCAACCUGGACGUUGGCAAGACUGGCAGCAGCAGCGAGCAGUCCCGUCCAGCGCCUUCUUCCGCAUUGCUGAUUGCUCGUCUGGGCGAGGCAGCGAGCGAGGUCAAGUUACCUCUAUGUGCCACCUGCUCCACUCAGACAUCGCAGGUGGACAAGGUCGAUCUGGAUUCGCAAGAUGCGCCUUUCAAGUGUCCCAUCUGCCUUGAUCCGAGGCAGUACAUUGGCGUCAAGGGGCAAAUAUGGACGACUUUGGAGAGGCUCAUCGAACGAGGCGAAUUACGAAACGAUUUCCAGCAGGUCAUGCCUGAUCAGCUGUGGACGUUCAAGACGCGCCCGAGCUUCGGCAUAGGGCAGCGCGCAUUUUUGAUAAAGGAUGAGAAGAGCGAGGGGCUGAUCAUGUGGGAUUGCGUAGCCUACAUCGACGAUGCCACCCUGAAAGAAAUCGAUGCGAUAUCUCAGGGCAAAGGCAUAGCUCACAUGGUCAUCAGUCAUCCGCACUACUAUUCCACCACCGCUACUUGGCUUGCCGCAUUUCCCCAAAUGAAGCUUUGGCUUGCGGGCGUCGAUUUUAGCGAGUGGUAUCAACGGCAAGACACGAUCGAGUCGGUGACUGCAGGCAAACAACCUCGCAUUGGGUUGGUGGAUGAGGAGCAGACGUAUGUAGCCCCAGCUUUAUCAUCCGCAAACAUCCUCCUGCUUGGCGGGCACUUUCCCGGCUCCUUGGUGCUGCUGUGGAAGGACUGUCUGUUCAUCGCGGACACUAUACAGGUAGUGCCCAGCGGCCUGUACAAGAGCGACCAGCCGCAAAGGCCGAAUGUAGCCUCUGUCACCUUUUUGUGGAGGUGAGCGUCUCCUCUUGGGAUCGUUUACGUCGGUCAUGCAGAGCUGGCACUCAAGACUCGAAGCCUUGCUUGCCCUCUUCCACAGCUAUCCGAACCAAAUCCCGCUCAGCGCUACAGAAAUCCAGCGCGUUUGCCGACCGCUCGAAAAGGUUCAAUUCGACAAGGCCUUUGGCGCGUUUGAAGGCUUCGACAUUUGGGGCCACGCGAGGGACAAGAUCCUGCAGAGCAGAGACAUCUUUUGUCGUAGGUUGGCAGCCACCUGA